AUGAAGACCAAGAACGCGGACUUGCUCACGGCCCUGGUGGCUAUCCUACUCUUCGGCUUCUCCUGCUUCUGCAUCUCCAGGAUGAAUCAAACCAGCAACUGAUUAAUGAAUUGUAGAAACCAUAUUUUAGAGCUCAAGAAAAAUAUGCUACAUUUGAAAAACAAAAGUGAAAAUAAUCACCAAAGACUAGUGAAAGUUUUGAAUCAAAUGAAAGUUAUCAGACAAUUCAGGGAAAUGGCAGGCGUGGAAGGGAUUGUCAAAGUCCAUGUGCCUUUCUCUCUUGGAGAUCUUUCUCAACUAGAGCACUUUAAGCUCUUUCUUCCUUACCUGAGAAAACAAGGAAAGAUUUAUCCUGAUGUGAUCAUUGGCAAAGAGAAAACAGGCAUUUCUUUUGCACUUGGCACCAGGCUGAUUAACAGGAAAAACCACACCCACCUGAAGCAAACGCUGACCUCUGUUCUCUCCAGAAUGACACCCGAAGAAGAGCAGGACUCCAUGGUGACUGUCCCUGUUGCUGAUACUAAUGAAGAUUAUUUAAAUUGUGUUGCUGACAUGGUUAAAACCAAACUCAAAAGACAAGUGAAGUCUGGAUCUUUAGAGGUCAUUUCAAUACCUGCCUUUUUCUAUCCAAACAUGUUAUAUGAGAAGCCAUCUACUGAGGACUCGGAAAAUUUUCAAGUAAAACAAGCAUUGGAUUUUUGUAUUUUGAUGCUGUAUGCCCAACCCAAGGCCAUGUAUUAUUUACAGCUAGAAGAUGAUAUCAUAGCAAAUAUAUAUUUUACAAAAAUUAAAGAUUUUAUAAAUAAUAUCACUUCGAAGAAUUGGUUUUAUGUUGAGUUCUCAGUGCUUGGAUUUAUAGGAAAAAUCUUUCGAUCUGAGGAUUUGCCUGAAUUGAUACAUUUUUUCUUAAUGUUCUACAAAGUGAAGCCCAUUGAUAUGUUCUUAGAUGACUUUACCCUUAUAAAGACAUGUGACUGGGGAGAAUCUCUUAGAACCUGUGUACAGCUCAAGAAGGAAGUCCAUGUUCAGUACAGACCCUCCCUGUUCCAGUACGUGGGACUAUAUUCCUCUUUUCCUGGCAGAGAGCAGCACCUCAGAGUAAGAUUCUGA